AUGAGCGCCGCGACCGUCACCGAAAUCACCACCGACGCCGACUUCGCGGCCUACGUCCAGAACUUCCCGCCCAAUGCGCUGCUCGUCGUCUACUUCCACGCGCCGUGGGCCGCGCCCUGCAAGCAGAUGACGACGGUGCUCGAGGCGUUGGCCAGCACGUACACGGCCGACUCGCCACCCUCGAUCGGCUUCGUGUCGAUAAACGCGGAGGAGCUGCCCGACGUGUCGGAGGCGUACGACGUGACGGCGGUGCCGUACAUUGUGCUGCAGAAGGGCGGCCAGACGCUCGAGACCGUGUCCGGCAGCGACGCCUCCAAGGUGCGGGCCGCCGUCGAGCGGCACGCCGGCAAGAGUGGCAACCCGGGCAAGCUGGGCCUGCCGCCCGCCCAGGCCGUCACCAAGCCCGCUGAGCCGAACGGCAGCGCCCCCGCCCCGAACGACGCCGCGGCGGCCGCCCCCGCCCCCGAGGAGCCUGAGACGAGCAAGGAGGAGUUGUUUGCGCGCCUGGAGGGCCUCGUCAAGGCGGCCCCGGUGAUGCUGUUCAUGAAGGGCACUCCCAGCGCGCCGCAGUGCGGCUUCAGCAGGCAGACGGUCAGCCUGCUGAGAGAGAAGGGUGUUCGAUACGGUUUCUUCAAUAUCUUAGCCGACGACGAGGUCAGGCAGGGCCUCAAGGAGUACGCCGAGUGGCCGACUUUCCCGCAGCUGUGGGUGGGAGGUGAGCUCGUGGGUGGACUGGACAUUGUGCGCGAGGAAUUUGAGAACAGCCCCGACUUCCUACAGGAGUACGCAGUCAGCACACAGCGGAACACCGCAUCGGCCGACGCAUAA